AUGUUUGCAUCAUUCUUUCAUUUCUUUUUUCUAAUUUGUUUCACGGAUAUUUCAUUCGGAAAAGUGAAAGAAUCUAUUGAUUUUACUACUAGAAAUGGUUAUAAUUUACAUGGAUGCUACAAACGAACCGGAAAAAUUUACAUGUAUAAAAGUUACGCACGACAUUACGAAAGAAACAAUUAUGAUUUCGAAGACUUACCUAUAGCUUGGGAUUGGCGUAACGUAAAUGGCGUCAAUUACGCUAGCGUUGAUCGAAAUCAACACAUUCCUCAAUAUUGUGGGUCGUGCUGGGCUUGCGGUGCAACAAGUGCACUGGCCGAUCGUUUCAAUAUUAUGCGGAAAGGAGCAUGGCCAUCUGCGUACCUUUCUGUCCAAGAGAUUAUAGACUGUGCAGGGUCAGGUAGCUGCGAGGGUGGCGAACCUGGUGGCGUUUACAAAUAUGCACAUGAAGUUGGCAUACCACACGAAACAUGCAACAACUAUCAAGCACGAGAUGGAACCUGUUCACCGUAUAAUAAGUGUGGUUCUUGUUGGCCUGGUUCAUGCUUUUCGAUCAGUAAUUAUACCAGAUAUAAAGUGGACAAUUACGGCGUUGUUUCGGGUCUCGAAAAGAUGAAGGCAGAAAUUUAUCAUCAUGGUCCAAUCGCAUGUGGUAUUGCUGCUACAAAAGCAUUCGAAACGUAUGGAGGAGGAAUUUAUAAGGAAAAAACGGAAGAAAGCAUUGACCACGUCAUAUCCGUUCAUGGUUGGGGAGUUGACCGCGAUUCUGGUGUACCAUACUGGAUCGGUAGGAACAGCUGGGGAACGCCAUGGGGUGAAAAUGGAUGGUUCCGAAUCGUAACAUCUGAAUACAAAAAUUCCGGUUCGAAGUAUAACCUGAAAAUCGAGGAAGAUUGCGUUUGGGCUGAUCCAAUUGCAUAA